AUGGCUGGAUUUAACUCUGUCUCCGAUUUGAAACAUUUCAAGACAAUGUGGAGAGUGAGGGUUAGUAUUGUUUGUUUGUGGAAGCAAUACUCUGCUGCUGGUGGCCUAACCAUUGAAAUGGUUCUUAUUGAUUCCAAUGGAGAUAAGAUUCAUGCAAGUGCGAAAAAGAAUUGGGAUGUCCGUCUUCCUACGGUUUUGUGGGGAAAAUUUGCUUCUGACGUCACGAACGCAAUACAGUUACGUUCUGAGGAGCGUGUUAUAUUGGUUUUGGGGUUGGGAAGAUUAAGGUUUGGAAAGGUGGAGAAGUGUAUUGUUAUGUGCACAAUUGCAGCCAUUGACUCGGACAUGGGAUUGUACUACUUAAGCUGUAAAGUAUGUUCAAAGAAGGUCCAGUAUGAGCCACCUCUUGUGACCGGUGAUCAUGAUGAUGAUGAUCUCACAAACUUCAAAAUCUACUGUGCCAAGUGCAAAUGUUACGAUCCUAAACUGCUUCCAAGCUACAAGUUGCACUUGGUUGUUCUUGACAAUACUGGUACUUCCAAGUUUCUCUUAUUUGAUAAUCUUGCUCUCCAGUUGGUUCAUCAACCUUGCAUCGAGCUAACAAGACCCGUUACUGAUGAGAUUCAGUACCCGGAUGUGAUACCGUUGGCUCUCCAAAACUUGGUUGGUAGGACAUAUUUGUUCAAGGUUGAAAUUUUAAGAGAAAAUUUCGUGUACAAGCAUGACACCUUCAAAGUGAACAAGAUAAUCACCAAUCUUGAUAUCAUCCGGGAGUUUGACACACCCAAGGACCAAGGCAUUCAAACUUUGGAGCUUGAAAAUUCUGUCAUUUCAGACGCACCGGAGGGAUCUCUAAUGUUGUUGGAAGAACCGUCGUCGCAGCAAGGUGGUCCAAGUGAUCUAACCCCAGCUAAACGCCGAGGUGGACCUGUUGUGAAUUUGGAGGAAGAGUUUGAUCAGAACUCUGUUACGAAGAUGGGCAUCACAACUCGAAUCAAGAAGGAAAAGUUUGACAAAAGUGGCUAG